UAUUAAACGCGAUCUAGAUUCUAGCGCUCCAACACUUGUAAACGCAGUUUAAUGUUAAUGUGUUACGGUCGUCGCGACUACGUUUUACUGCUUCGGCUGUAUUUUAACGACAAAUAAUUAUAGAUUAUACUUUUUUUCUAUUUCCCGUCGCCAUUGUGUCGCCCGCGUAUUCGUCCAGUGUAUCGAAGUGAACGUCCGGCCCGUACCACCCGAUCCGUCGUUGUCAUUACGGCAUACUGCGCGCCAUUUGUCUCGCGCUGUAUGUGGACGUCGUAGAAAGUAGUUUCCUUCAAAACCCCGCGAUACUUGUGUUAUACAGGUACAUGGUGAUGUCGACAUAAAACGGUUGUACGCAAACUUUUGUUCAGCUCUGUAUUGUUGGCCUACACUUGACCGUCACAAUGCCGAGCAUCGGUGUCAACCUUCGUGUGACUGGUUACUGCAACCAGGGCGGUAGGAAGUAUAUGGAAGAUAUGUUUUCGGUGGCCUACCAGCAGACACCGGACAUGAAAGAUCUGGAGUACGCCUUCUUUGGAAUAUUUGAUGGACACGGUGGUUCAGAAGCAGCCGCAUAUGCCAAAGAUCAUUUACUUGACACCAUCAUCAAAGACGAUGCAUUCUGGUCAAAAAACGAUGAUGACGUUUUAAGAGCUAUUCGUAAUGGUUAUGUAAAUACUCAUAUUGAAAUGUGGAAAAACUUAGAAAAUUGGCCGAGAACUCCAUCUGGUUUACCUAACACAUCGGGAACCACUGCAAGCAUAGCCUUUAUAAUGAGAGGAAAAAUUUAUACUGGUCACGUCGGUGAUAGUUGUAUAGUACUUGGUUAUCAAGAUGAAGAAAACGGAGAGUGGAAAGCCAAGCCAUUAACACGAGAUCAUAAGCCAGAGUCAUUUGAAGAAAAAAUAAGAAUAGAAGAGUGUGGAGGCAAAGUAAUUAAUAAAUCUGGUGUUCCUCGAGUAGUAUGGAAUAGGCCUCGCAUUGGUCACAAAGGUCCUGUACGCCGUUCAACUACAAUUGAUGAAAUACCAUUCUUAGCGGUAGCUCGUGCUCUUGGUGAUUUUUGGAGUUUCAAUUCUGAACAUAAUAAAUUUGUUGUAUCUCCUGAACCGGACGUUGAAGUAUUCAAUGUUGAUCCUUCUAAACAUCGUUGUUUGAUAUUUGGUACCGAUGGCUUAUGGAAUGUUCUUUCAGCAGAUGUUGCAAUUUCAAAUGUAUAUGCAACAGAGAAGCACAAUAUUGAAAUGAAAUCGUUAGAAAAAGUAGAUUGGUUAAAUCCAUCAAAAAAUCUUGUUGAUAAGGCAAUAUUACAAUGGAAUAAAGUAAGAUUGAGGGCUGACAAUACCACAGUCAUAACACUAAUGUUAGAUCCACCUGGACCACCUGCUCCACAAGUGCUACUAAAACAUAAAAUGCAGACUGGUAAUAUGAAAUGUGAAGAUAAAAAUAGUUGCAAAUGUGUUGACGGAGAUCCACAAGUUCAAAGAUUUGGUAGAGGUACAAGUGGAGGUUAUGCCAUAUUCACUAGAUAUCCUACAGAUCAUCAUUUAAGAGCAGCAUCAAGUGCUCAUGCUAGCACUUCAAAACCAUAUCCUAAUACUCCUAUAGAAACACCACCAAUAAAAACAAAUAAAGUACUCAGAACAUCGGCAAAAAUUAAUAAUAACAAUAAUAACAACAAUAAUAGCUCUAGUAAAAAAGAUGGUCAACCAGCAGAAAAAAGAUGUACACGGACAAGCAGUGGAAGAAUUGUCAAAAAACAAAAAUUAAACGAAAAGUCAACAACUAAUGAUGAGACUUCAAAAUUUGGAAAUAGUGAUUCUGAAAAUGAGCAAUUGCCACGUGAAAGUUGGCUGUUGCCUCCAACUAAAUCAAUCAAACCUGAAGAAACUAAAGUAGGUGUAGUAUUAAGAAGUUCUGGAAAAAUUCAAAAGGUAUGGAAAUGUAAUGAUACCAAAGAAGAUUCUACUCCAACUAAAAUUACAACAAUAUCAAAAAUUAAAACACCUUUAACAGAACCAAUGACUAGAAUAUUAAGGUCACACAAAAAGAAAGAUAGUAGAAGAUUCAAAAAAGUUGCAUCUAGAGCAUCCUGGUCAGCGGGCAUGGUAACUCGUAGCCAUAGGAGAAGUGUUAAAUGUUAAUUAUAUAAUGUAUAAUUGAUUUCCCUGUUUUAAUUAAUUUUACCACAUUUUGUCAACUACCAAAACCAUUCGAUAUGUUUAUAUUUUGUAGGAUUGUUUUUAUUUUAUGUUGUAUGACAUAUUUUUGCUUAUUACACAAAAUGUUAUUAGAU